GUCGCGAAAUUCUCGGCGUCUCGAAUUGAGGCCAUAACUCCCCCAAUAUAAUCCAAGCUCCUUGACAACGUUCAGUACACCUCAGAAGGUAUUGACCUCAGCGCUCACCACACAGCAACAGCUGCAAUGUGAUUGUCCACGGACGUGUAUGUGGCAUCGCCCUGGCCCCCUUAGGCAUGCUUUGUACGUAUGUAUCUAUUCAUCAACCAUACAUAAAGGCACGCAAUUGCACGCACAGGCAACACGUGAACAACAAAUGCAUCGACACACCACAUCCCCAUCUACCAUACCAGCUACAGUCCCGUCUUUCGUUUGCCGGCCUUGUGCGUCUUCUCCUUCUUGACGCGAUGGCCGCCAUGGGAGUUGUGCUUGCUGCUUGGGUAUCCGUUGCUGGCCAUCAUGUCGGACCGCCGCUUCUUGAGGCAGUCGUUGCAAUACCACUGCUCGGGCAACGGGUAGUCAGGAGACAGGUUCUGACGGACAACAGGCAGCGUCAAUGCAGGAGUGUGUGGUUUGUGCACACAUCAUCUCUGUGCCCCCUUCUCUUCUGCUCUGCUCACCACACACACGUCGUGGAACCAGGCUCCGCAGGGCCCGUCACAGCCUAUCAUCCUCUGGCAUCCCUCCAACAUGUGGUACGACCCCUGCCGGCAUAUCGGACACAAAUCCUCGGUGCUCUCCUGGUGGUGCGCCGCACCAGGUGGUGCGAUGCCGCCGCCCUCCACUGCCACUGGCAGCCCGUCCCCAGCUGCCGUCAUGUCACUCUCGGUCUUGACACGCACCAGUGGCUGCUGCUGCUGCUGGUGCGGUGGCGGUGCGUGUGACUUGGCCUUGCGGGAAGAGGCGGUGGGCUGCUGCUGCUGCUGCUGCUGGUGGUACUGCUGGUGUUGGUUGGCGUGGUCAGGUAUGUCGUCACCGUUGGCCAAAGGGGGGAGGGGCCCGUCAUCGAAUGCGUCGAGGCCGGGAGGAGGUGGAGCGAUCGAUGGCGGCACACCUGACCGAUUCAGGACAGCAGAGAGAGCCACACAAACGAACGCCAAACGAGUGGCUUCUGUCCGCACAGUCCAUCUGUCUGUCUGUCUGGGCACUCCACUGCCCUCUUGCCUACCGUUGGUAUUGGUCCUAGCGGUCUGGUGUUUGGAUUUCUUGCUGGGGUCGCGGGACUUGUUGCGGCCCUCUUGCUGCCCCUGCUGCCGAUGUUUGGACCGCUUCUGUGCCGGCCCGUCCACAUCGCCAGCUACGCUGCUGCCGCCGCCACCCACACUACCACCCGCACCAGCAACGAGGGAACCGGCCUGCAUUGCAUGAGGGACACAACACCACACAGACACACACACACAUACACACACACACACACACACAGGAGAUGAGCAGACGUUGUUGUGCGUGCGCGCCUGUGUGUUGUGUGGGUGCAUCCAUCCAUGUUGCUCACAUCGUCCCGUUCCCGUUUGAUUGCUCCCUCUCCCCCGGCCGCCAUGAGCAUGUCAUCCUGCACCUCACGCCACUGCCGCAGGUCGCCGUCGACCUCCUUGAGCUUCUUCUUGUAGAAGCAGAUGAUGGCCUCCAUCUUCUCGCACACACGCAGCUUCUCCUCAUGGUUGGCGCGCUUGGCCAUCUGCAGCUCUGCGAUGCGCCUCAGCUUCUCGUGCUGAAACGGCUGGCCCGUCUGGUCCAUCUCUCGCCUGGCCCGGCUCCUGUCGGCCUUGGUGUACUCGCGGAGGGCGCUGAGGUACUCGUGCUGCAGCGACUCAAGCUCGUUGUUAAUGAUGUUGGCCUUGCGGUCCAGCUCUCGUACAAGGGCCAGGUGGCGCGUGACCCAGCCUAUGACACACACCACGGCAGCAAACCGUCAGUGUACAUGUUUUGUUGCAUUCACUAUUCAGGCGCACCUGGUACGGGAGCCACCUCGUCGAGGAAGUGAUCGAACUUAUCCUGUGCGGCAUUGGCGUCGGCAGGCGGCGUCGGCCAGGAGGGCGAGGGAAGGUACAUGGGAG